GUAAAAUAUUGGAAGGAACUUUCUAUAGAAAUGACAGCGACACUUAUAAGGAUGCGUGGAACAAACUGGAUAACAGAUAUGGCCAAACCUUUAUUAUACAGAAAGCCUUCAGAGUUAAGCUCACAGAUUGGCCAAAGAUCCAACCAAGAGAUGCAGAAGGAUUAAGAGACUUCUCAGAUUUCUUAAACAUUUGCCAAGAUGCAAUGACACAUGUGAAGAACCUUGAAAUACUGAAUGACUGUGAAGAGAAUAAGAAGCUAAUCCUCAAACUACCAGAGUGGAUAGCAUCUCACUGGAACAGGAAGGUUACUGAAGCCGUAAAGGGCAAUAAGGAAUUCCCCAGUUUUAAGGACUUCGCCGCAUUUAUGGCGACAAAGGCAGAGAUCGCUUGCAAUCCGAUCACCUCAGCUUAUGCCCUCCGCAGCUCUGAGUCGAGCACUGCAAAACAAGGCAGCAGAGACCCUAAGAGGAACAAGGCAAGCGUUCUAAACACACAGACUGAGGCUGACACCGAGAGGCUCAAGCCAGUUAAAGGAAAGGAAAGACCUCCUUGUGCCUUCUGUCAAAAUAAUCAGCACAGACUACAUGGAUGUCCCAAGUUUAUUGCUAAAACUCUGGAGGAGCGUCGAGAUUUUGUCAGAGAACAUAAGCUCUGCUAUGGCUGCACCAAACCUGGACAUAGUGCAAAAGACUGUCGACAUCGACACUCAUGCAACACGUGCAAGGGUAAACAUCCCACUUGUUUACACGAUGACAACUAUGUAAAGAAGGAAAGGGUCCUGCCAAAGGAAACCGCUAUUCUGAGCAACCCCGGCCAAACGGAGGCUGCUGCAACUUCAAUAGCCAUCCAUAUUGAAAUGCUGGAGGAUCUACCUACAGACUCAUUCAUAAUUGUACUGCGCUGCUUCAUUGCUAUAUGUGGAGCAGUGCGCCAGAUCAAAUCUGACCAAGGCAGUAACUUCCUAGGAGCCAACAAUGAACUGCAGGAAGCCCUUGCGGAAUUAGAUG